UUGACUUAACAUUAACUGGAGCGUGCAAUACAGCCGCAACACUAGCAAGAUGGGGGAUUUGGAAUUUAAUAUAGUGGAAAUCAACGGUUUCGCGGAUUUUAUAGUUUGUAACGAUUUCUAAUAUGUUUCUUCUUCCAAGAUGUAGUCCAAUGCAACAUAUGUGCGUAUUGUAUUGAAUCGUAUAUCCCAGAAGCAGCACAGACUUGCAUCAUAUGGACAACUUUCCGUAAACAGCUGAUUUUCGUCCUCUAUUUUCGACAAUGGCUUCCUUGCAGCGUGAACAUAGCAUGGAGGUAGACCCUCCAUCGGGCCCAGCCAGUCACCAGGUUGCUACAUCAAGCGGGAGUAACCUCAAACGGUCCAACAGUGCCCCUAUGAUCAAUGUUCUGGUGUCCCAACCAGAAAUAAGUCCUCCAACCAAUACAUUUAAGAUGUCCGACUGUUCAAGGCUUCGAAGAUUCAGUUCAAGUUCAAUGUCUUUGAACCAACCAGGACAGAGUACUCCUGUGAAAAUUCCUGAUAGAGUGAAUAGACUAAAAGAUGAAGAAAUUCAUAUUGUUGAAAAAGAAAAAGAACAUGAAAGAGAUGUUAGUUCAGCCAUUAAGAUGUCAAAUUCCUGGCAAGAUUUUACUUUGGAUGACCACCAAGAGGUUGUUUGUCCUGACCCCCAUAGACGACCUCGUUCUUUCAGUGAGUCCCUCCACAUCAAUGUGUUUCCUCAGCCCCCCAUGCUUGUAGGAGCUCCAUCCCCCACUAGAGUUGGAAAUAGAAAGCAAUGUUUCUCACCCUCCAUGCAGAUGCCAGUCAAGAGUAACUCGUUUACCCCUAGUCCUAGCCCAAGCCCCACCAGGAAGUCCUUUAUGAGAAGUUUAAGUCCUAUUGCUGUUCGACCAAGUCCUGUGGGAAAGAGAAAAUUGGACACAGACAUGGAGAGUUAUCUUAGUCCUCCAAAGAGGUUCCAGACCGGACCCAGUACUCCAGAUCGGAUCAUGGCCCAUCCCCUUGCACACAGCAGUAUUUCAUCUAGCAGUUUAGAAGAUGGCAGUCCAGAGCAGCUGGUUCCAAGGAGUGGAGCCAAUGCAGAAAUUUCUCACCCCCGACCACACCACAUGUAUGGCUUCAUGCCUCUAAAAGACAACUCAAAUGACAUGCAGACAACAGACUCGGAAACAUCUGACAUCACUGAUCACUCGGCUGACAUUUCUGAUCAGAGCUCUAUCUCGAUAUCAGCCAGCCCCGGCUCCAGUUUUCAGCCUAUUCGACAAACCCACUUAUGACAAAUGGAACCUGAGGAGACCUGUUUUUAUCAUUCUGUAAAUAGUCAUCUCAUUUAUAAUGGAGAUCCCAGGUCACAUUGGAAUUAUUUUGUAUAGCAUACAUAAAUGCCUUUGCACUGGAACCCUUGGCUACAUUUAUUGAAUGAGCAGAAGAAGGUGUCUUAUGGUAAUUGCACCACACAUUGUAUAUUGUAUGCCAGUGUGAUUCAUGAUAAUUUAAGUUAUUUGAUUUACCGUUAAUAUCAUUUUGUUUUACAUCCCUGAAUGCUUCAUUUGUAUUGUUUCAUAUGUACAUAAACCAUAUCUGAAAUUUCACUUGACUGUUUAGAAAUCUAAUACCAGGUAAUUAUGAUUGCACUAGUUUUAUUAACAUUCUCAGUUCAAAUUUUCCAAAUCCUGAUGUGUGACUUGUAACAAUCUGGCAGUUUUGUUAGCAUUGAAGAUCGAAUUUUAAAUUGAUUGAAUGGUGUGGAUUUUUUUUCAUAAUUUUUUUUCUGUACAAAACUUAAUGAUUUUUGUUGAGAUGUAGGUAUACAUAAAUUUAUAUACAGCUUGUGUUAUUCAAAGAUCUCUGUCAGUGCUGUCGUGUAUAAAACUAGUGCAUUUGUACAAAGAUGAAGCAGUAUUUCUACUUGAUAUCCACAUUUGUGAACAGCUGAUCUCGACUUCUCUUCUGACAAACUGCUUUUGUCAGACGACAUACACAAAUAAUAUGUUUCAAGACAAUUAGCUAUCCUUUGAAUUUGAAAUUGCAGUACAGUAACUGAAAACAUUAGUAAUGUUUUGCAAAUGCCAUUUAUCUCUGUACAUAAAUGUAUGUGUAUGUAAAUGAAAUUAGUUUGUGCACUAGUUAAUUACAACAUGGUUAAGAAAAAGGCUAUGAUUUCAAUCCUUGAACACAUGUACCAACGGAAAUAAGGAGAAAUGGGGGAUUGAGGAGUAUUAGGAGGGGGACGUCCUACUAGUGCUUGACUGGUUAGUAAGAAGUUUCUGACCAUUGUACAACUAAUACUUUUUGUCAUAACCAACGAAGAACAGCUUUCAUUGUCUUGCUGUGUAAGUCAUAACCAUAUGUACAUAUAUGCAAUGUUAGGAGUUUAUUACAAAAAAUGAACAAAUGUAAAGAGAGUGGGCUGUCUUGUGUUUGAGCCAGUUGAUGUACACUUAUCUGCCCUCAUUUGCACCAGUAAGAUUAUUUUUUUGAUAUUGGAAUUCUGAUACAUUGUACUACAUUCACAAGGGGAUAUCUGUUUUAAUGUUACCAAAAAUUUUCAGAAUAAGGGUAGAUUCGUUGUCAAGAUGUAAAAGAUGGUGCAGCCAUUGUUCUUACAUCAAUCAUAUAUAUUUUUUUACACUAUUUAUUUUUGUAUGAUAGUGUCCAAAUACUGAAUGAAAUUACACUGUUUUACAAAAUAAUUGCAAUUCAUAGAGAAAUAUUUGUAAAUAUAUAAUUUAUGCAUGUACUGAUCACUACUCCAAGUAAUUGAGAAAUGUUCCUAAAAGAUUGACGAGCAGGUUCUUCUUUGAAAUUUUUCUGAUAAUGUUAAAAUACCGAAAACUUCUAAACCAAAAAAAUUCAUCGGCCACUCUAAGGACUUUGGUGAGUUGUUUUUUUUUUUUUUUUUGGUUUCAAUUACAUAUACAUUGGCAUCAUUUCUUUGUAAAUAUAAAAAAGAGAAAAUACAGACUGUUCUUGUAGCAGGGGACUUUGUACAGGGCUGUUGUUUUUACGCUAGAAUGCAGAUUAGACCUGUUAUUCUUGUGCUUUUUGUCAUUUUGUUAAGUGAAAAGAAUAGAAUUAUGAGGAAUCUGUGCACAUCUACAUGUAUGUAUAAUUUUAUUAUGUUUGUUUACUUGUUUGUUUUUUUAGACAUGAGACUCAUUUUAAUAACUCAUACUGGUAAUUUUGACAACAUUUUAAUAAUUGGAACUGUAUGCCAUCAAAUUUUGGGUUGUGGGGUAUUGAAAUAUGGUAGUAUGGAUUAUGGUAUGCAGUUGUGAGAAGUGGACAUUUUGUUGUAUUACUAAUGAAAAAGCUUGAAGCCUUGUUUUCUAAUCAGGUUCCUUUUGAGUACAUUAUUUAAUUUUUCACACUUUAGUAUUACACUAAUAGAAUACUUUAUCUGCAACAUUGGAAUUACAAUUCAAAUUCUUUUAUACAAGGGGGCAAUACAUUGUAGUGUGCAGAUUCCUCUUAAUUGUCUUUGUUGACAUGUCACAAAUUGUGCAAUUUAUUUUUGUUUUUUGUAUUAUUAUAUACUAUAUAUCUGUUGUGUGGACACAAAUAUGUUGUCUCCUGUAAAUAGACUUGUACAUAAAUCCAUGUGGCAUAUUUUAAAGAGUAUGUUCAGUAAAAUUCAGCAUUUAAACCUAAAAA